AUUCAUCGAUCUUUCUAGCAAAAAACUCUCCUCUUUUCGAUAUUCCUUUUCUGCUAAAUCUUCUUGUUCAAACGGAUCUCCACUUGCAUAUUCAGCUCCGAUCCAGUUAGCAUUCAGAACCAAAGCUUAAGGCAAUGGAGCACCAUCCAGUGAGGAGACCCAAAUACUUUGCCUCUCGUUCAUCAACAUCUCUGUUCUGCGUUCUUCAGUUUGAGUUGCCCAACUUCUAAUUCUUCACUUCCUCUCCAUUUCAAACUCUUCAUCUCAGUUUCCACCAUAAACACUCUCCUUUUUACUUUUAGAUAUAUAUACUUUCUUGUUAAAAUUUCUUGUUCCCUCUUCCAAAAAAAAAAAAAAAAAAAAAGGGAAAGAAAAAAGAAAAAAAGGGAAAAAAAAGAGGUACUGUUGUUCAAGCGCAUCUCCACUACUUGGAUUCAGUUCUAAGUUAGCAUUCAAAAGUAAAACUCAAGCUAAAGGCUAAGACAUAUAUCAUGUGUCAUGGGUUCCCCUGUAGAAGUAAUGGUGCCUCGAUCAAAAUUUGCAUAUGUGGCCAAACAACUAUGUGAUAUGGGUUGCUAUGAAAUUUCUCUUGGUGAUACAACUGGUGUUGUCACACCUGGAACUGUCAUUCAAAUGCUUAAAGCUGUUCUUGAUGUUGUUCCAAUUGAUAAGCUUGCUGUCUAUUUCCUUGAUACUUAUGGGCAAGCCCUUUUGAAUAUUUUAGCAUCUCUCCAAAUGGGGAUCAGCACCGUGGACUCAUCAGUUUCAAGUCUUGGAAGUUAUCCAUUUAAUCCUACAGUUCUAUCAGGAGAUGUUACAACUGAGGUUCUUGUUUAGACGCUAAAUGGACUUGGAGUAAAACCCAAUGUGGAUCUUGAGAAACUCAUGUCUGCUGCCUGCUGGAGAUUUUAUCUGUGAGCAUUUGGGAAGGACAUCAAGUUCAAUAAGGAACCCAAGUCUUGUAGUCUCAGUACUUCUUAUCACUGACUUGAAUUAUGCUCUUGAUCAAAUAUAUCCUCUGUAUCUAUAAUGGUAGAUGAGAAAGUCAAUUGACUUGUUUCAGGGUGCAACUUUGACACAAAUAACAAGUUUUUGUGGGUAACCCAUUGAUUGCUUUGGUUUUGUUCAUGUUGAAUGUGAAAUUUGGGAGAGCAACGGUUAUUUCAAAUUCUAAUAGAAAUUAUGUGACUGA